AUGCCACCGCCCAUAUAUCCACCACAUAAACAUCCACCACCACCACCACCUUCACAUCCACCACACAAACUGCCCCCACCACCUUCUUCACCACCACCGCUGCCAUCAUCACAUCCCACACCUUCACCAUCAUCACCGCCACCUAACACACCUACAUUACCACCACCAUCUCAUCCAUCACCUUCAAUAUCGCCACCAUUAUAUCCACCACCUUCACCAUCACCUUUACCACCUACUGUGUUGCCACCUUCACACCCACCACCUUCAUUGCCACCGCCACCUUCAAUGCCGCCACCAAGUCCACCACCUUCACCUUCACCACCCACACUAACCCCACCUCCGGUGCCGCCACCAUCAAGUCCACCCCCUCCGGUGCCGCCAAGAUCAAGUCCACCCCCUCCUGUGCCACCACCAUCAAGUCCACCCCCUCCGGUGCCGCCACCAUCAAGUCCACCCCCUCCGGUGCCGCCAAGAUCAAGUCCACCCCCUCCUGUGCCACCACCAUCAAGUCCACCCCCUCCGGUGCCGCCACCAUCAAGUCCACCCCCUCCAGUGCCUCCACCAUCAAGUCCACCACCUCCAGUGCUGCCACCAUCAAAUCCGCCACCUUCAUUGCCACCGCCAUUAAGUCCACCACCUACACCACUUUCACCAUUGUCACCGUCACGAUCACCACCUACACUGCCACCAUCAUACACACCACCACCUUCUCUGUUGCCGCCAUCGUCCUCACCCCCGUUUCCUCCGAUACUCACCCCAGAGCCACCAAUUUGCCAGUGUGUAUGCCCAGCACCAAGUCCUUAUUAUAAUUCAAUUGCCCCAUCACCGCAAAGUUCACCAUCUCAUAGCCAUCGCACUGUUUAUCUUGCCACUUUUGUCUCUCUUGGUGGAUUGUUCUUUCUUGCAUUCCUUGCAAUUGGUCUCUUUUGCUUCCAUAAGAAGAAGAAAAAGUCAAGGGCAGCAUACGGAGAUCAAGGUGUUGCUCAUGCAGAGGAACAAGGAGAAGUUCACACCUUUCAGAGCAUCCCCGCAGCUAACCAAAGCGUAUCUGUCAAUAUAGAUGAUCAAAAUCCGAAUGUUGAACCGAAAUCUUAUGGUGACGGCGGUGAGGAAGCAGAAGAAAAUGAUCCUGACAAAAGUCCUAGCCGUCGUAAACCUCCUAUUCGUCGUCGUACUAGAGCACAAGGAAAAAAAGACUCCAAUAAUGGUGGCAACAUAAUUGCUGCAAUUGGUGCUGGUUCAAAUGAGGAAUUAGAAUCCGAAGAUGACGAUGAAGAAUCAGAUCAAUCUAAAGAUUCAGAUAAAAGUUCUCGUCGCCGGAAACGUGGUUCCAGUGGUCGCACCCAAAAAAGAGAGCCUAAAAUAAAUCGGAACCGUGAUCGUAAUGGUGACCAAAGUGUGUUUGUCACAAUUGAUGAUGAUGAUGAAGAUCCGGAUGUGGAACUGGAAUCGCAAGAAGAUGAUGAUAAAUUAAAUGGUUCAGAUAAAGAUUCUCGUCGUCGCGAUAAACGUAAGUCUGGUCGUCGUAGUCGUGCGCGAGGAAACAAACACAAAGAGCCUUCCACGUCCAACCGUGAUACAGAUGACCGCAAAACUUCAUAA